AUGACAGGCAAUCGAGACUCGUCGUCUACGCAACCACAACAGAUUUGCCUCGUUUCAUCUACUACACCCCUUUCCGAACAACAAGAGGCACAUGUCCAACGCUUGCUUUGUCAAACAAUCUUUGCUCCAAAAACAAACCUGGAACUGGAUCUCUCUAUUCCCCCAAUCUCACCGAAUUCACCACCAGAUGCCACACCCUACAUUUAUGCUUUGCUAAGAUCACUCCUGCAAGAUCCAUACCUGAUUCAGUUCCCUUGCACCUUGGCCAUUCUACAUCCAACAAAUCCCAAACAUCAUCAACAACAACAAACAGAAUGUCCUUUGAAACCGCAUCCAACCCUGGGGUGCAUAAUAUUGACUGUACUCGAGGAUCUUUUUCUGGUGCUACAUCAGCUCCUUGUCCGCACACGUUCGGAGCGAGGCGACAACAACAAUCAUCAUCAUCUGUUUGAUCAACAUGUAUUGCAGCCUCUGCGGGUGUCUCUGCUCGCACAACUACUAGGGAAUGGAGGCUCCUUAUUGGAGGAUCUCACCAUGAACCGUACGGUGGAUGUCCUGCCAAGGUUGCAUCAUCGUCGUCAAACCAAUGCAACCGACGACGAGACAAUCUGGCGACAACGAUGGAUCUUGGAACCCAUACUGACUCGGGCCGCUUUGUCGGAAUGGCAGUUCAUUACGGAGCGGUCGCCAUAUCCCAGUACAGUCGCAACCACAACACACGAGUUGAGACACCAAAUCCGCAAGGAUACCAUCCAGUAUGGCUUGGGAUUUGUAUUGCAGCUGGGACGGAUGCUUCAGAUGGAACCGAAACAAUUGGCCCUACUUGAGUGGGUCGUCGAAAGUUGUUGCUGGACUGAUGAUUCUGGAGCAACAUCAAAGCAGGAAGAACCAAUCUCGGCAAUUCCCCUAGAGGAUUGGGGGAUCAAAACGAUGCAAGAUUUGAAUGAUUUUCUGGCUCGCUCUGCUGCGUUUGGGAGGCACAGUGUGUCAGUUCCUGCGCCGCUGUCUCGACUGUAA